UUUUAUUUUCUUCUCCAAGAAGACAGUUCUCUAUUUUCGUAUGCAAGGACACUGAACAUAGCCAGGGCUAAGGAGUACAGCAAGAGUAGAGGUUAGAUCACAGAUCUACUUCCUGGUCGAUCGUGUAAACAAACCUGAAUUUUGUAACACUUGUUGCUGUUGUGCAUGAUGUGCUUUGCAAGCUCGUGACAACACUGUAAGUUCAAAGAUCUAUGUAGUUCUUUGGCGAGCCCUGCCAUUAUCAAAAUAGUGUUCUAAGUAUGCUUAGAACACCUUUGGCCCGCAAUCUGUAUCGUCAGGCAUCGGGCCCCGGAUGCCUAGCGUCCUGUGCAGCACCACCCCCAAGAGAGCUGUACCAAUGUACUCUAGAAAACCUGAACACUACCUUGGCACAAGCCUGGUAUCCCCUGGCCUGUGAUGAAGGAUGCCAGGAGUUCGUGCGCCUCAGCUGCUCGGAGGCCUCAGCUAUUUUCCUCCAGUUGUUGUACAGCAUUUUGUUGACCUUACUGUCUCCAUUCAUGUCCAGAACUUCUAUAAACGGAUUACUGGGGCGUGGGUCCAUGUACAUACUCUCCACCAAUCAGGCGUCACGACUCUUUCACCAAGCGGGCAUGCCCAGUACGCAGCAGAAGUUUGGCAGUCUGCUGGAUGUAGGAGCUGGGGAUGGUGAGGUCACAAAGCACCUUGCUCCCCUCUUUCAUCAUGUAUAUGCUACCGAACAAUCGCCAACAAUGCGAUGGAGGCUGAAGCGAGCCAAUUUCACUGUACUGGAAGAGGAUGAAUGGGGAGAUCGCAUGUUUGAUGUUGUGUCCUGCCUCAACUUAUUGGACCGCUGCUCGGAACCGCAAACUCUUCUGCGGCGCGUUCGUCAAAGCAUCCUGCCUGGUGGCUUCCUCUUGGUCGGGAUGGUGUUUCCUCUCUCGCAGUGUGUCGAGAAAGGGCCAAAGAUGGCCGACGCUACUGAGCGUUUGCCAGCAUGUACUAGUACUCACUGGGAAGAGAAUGUGGAGAAGAUUGUUGCAGAGUUCUUCGAACCCGCUGGCUUUCAACUACGCACCCUCAGUCGGGCACCGUAUCUGAGCAAAGGGGACCUUAGUGUGUCCUACUACAAGUUGGAUGAAGCGCUUUUCCUCUUCCAAACUACAAGUGAGGAGAAUGAUGCAUCACGAACUGACCAAUCAUCAGGCAUGCAUGCUGAUGUGACAUCACCACAAUCUAGUUUUCAAGUUUGAUGCCAUCAGAAUGUUCUUUCGGAGCUAUACAUAGACUGGUGCUAUGUCAUGGCAAGUUUCAUAUAUCCUAGCAGGCAAUCAUUCAUCCAACAUGACAGGGAAAAUAGUAUAAUGAAUUUACUUUAAUACAUGGGAAAUCUUUACAAAAUAGCGCAACUAGCUAAGUUUGAUAUCUGACUGUUAUAAAGCCACUUCCAUCCAUCAAAAACAUGAUUGUAUAGUUCCAAAUUGACUGCAAAUCUGUUGGUGUUAUAUGUUGGACUUUUUUUUUAUACACUACCGUGUAGUCUAGUAUUUUUUUUCAAACAAUUAGAUUUUCUACUUCGUGAAGUAGAGUUUCUGCAACCAUGGUUGCAAGUGCCUGCA